CAGGGUUGCGCUUUCAAAGUUAUUGACAGUCGACGGACGGCAUUGUCACAUUUAUCAAUUAUUGCAUAAAAAUGGCGUCUACUGGAGAAGAAGAAAACGUUUUACAAGAAAAUUCUGGACGACGUACUCGUUCAAGCAGACGUGUUUCUGGUUCCCAACCAGCCUCUUCACCAGUGGCAAGAUCCACCAGACGUACGAAGAAACAAGAACAGUUGACUGAACAAGACGAAUUAAUACAAGAUUCAACAGACGUCGAACAAUCGAAUAUAAUACAAGAAAUGUUGUCAGAGGCAGCUCAGGGAAAUUUAGUUGACUCUGCAGAGAGACAACAGAACGCUUCGCCUCAACACCAGGUAGAACAGGAAAUAGUUGAGGAAGAUAUAGUCGAGGAAGUUAUCUCAACUGAGGGUGAUGAAUGCGUGGUUUAUGAGGAACAUGUGCUUGAGGAAAUCUAUGAGAAUAUCAACGAAGAAAAUCACGAAAAUAUUGCCGCUAAUUCUGAUGCUAAUCUAGAUGAUAAAUCAUCAUCUUUUCCAUUUGCAACCGAAGAAGUGGGACAAUCGGAAACAUCUGACGAUUUAAAUGAACAGCGUGAGGGCAAGGAAGAACAUAAUGAAACAGAAAACCAGGGAGCACAAGAAAAUUCCUUAUUGGCUUCUUUGGUGGGCGACAAUGCCAAUAGUUUACCCUCGGUGGGUUGUGGGGCUGAAUCAGAAAAAGAACACUUCGAGAACAAGGUGCUAGAGGAGAAUUGCGAAAAAUUAGAUUCUGAAGAUUCUCUGUCAGAGCCAGCCAUAGCCGAAGAAGUACCAAAUGCUACUAGUUGCAGUAAUGAUACCAUGGUAAAUACUGAAGUAAUAUCUGAAGAUGAACUACCACCACCCAGUAAACCGGAAAUAAAUGAUGCCGAAGAGGUAUCGGACGAAGAAUUGCCAGCUCCCCAGCGAGCAGAACUGCCAGCCGAUGCCGAGGUAAUUUCAGAAGACGAAUUACCUGUUUCUACUGCAGUUGGUGAGGAUCAUAAAGAUUCGCUUACUGGUAAGAAGCGCAAAGCUGAAUUACCACCAGAUGCUGAAGUUAUAUCCGAAGAUGAAUUGCCUGCUGGUGAAAAACAUAGUCCUUCGUCAGUUAAAAGUGAAGAUCAAUCGAAUACAUCUUCAGUUAAAAAACGUAAAUCUGAACUACCUCCUGAUGCCGAAGUUAUUUCUGAAGAUGAAUUACCAGUUUCCACAGCAGUUGGUGAAAAACACAGCCUCUCGCCGUCUGGAAGUGACGAACAAACUGAUUCCUCUUCACGUAAAAAACGUAAAGCAAACAGUCGUGGUGCAUCCUCAGAGAAAAAAACCGAAGUGGAUUCCAGCAAAAAAGAUGAACAAUAUAACCCUAUGAGCCCUACCAGUGAGAGUAAUGAUUCAACGCCCGUUGAAAAGAAGGCCAAACUAGAAGAAUCCGAACACAAAGAGAAACGUAAAGAUAAGGAACGUGAAAAGGAUAAGGAUGGUAGUAGCAGCAGCAGUAGUUGUAAAGAUAAAGACAAGGAAGUCGAAAAAGAUAAAGAUAAAGACAAGGAAAAGGAACGUAAAAAACUCCCUGAUUUAGAUAAAUACUGGCGCGCCGUUAAAGACGAUCCCGCCGAUUUUACCGGUUGGACUUAUCUCCUACAAUAUGUGGACAAUGAGUCUGAUGCCGAGGCAGCACGUGAAGCUUACGAUGCAUUUCUGUCUCAUUAUCCAUACUGCUAUGGUUAUUGGCGUAAAUAUGCCGAUUACGAGAAACGUAAGGGUAUUAAGGCCAACUGCAACGCGGUCUUUGAACGUGGCUUGGAAGCAAUACCACUCUCUGUAGAUUUGUGGAUUCAUUAUUUAGCCCAUGUCAAAUCAAAUCAUAGUGAUGAUGAAGACUACAUACGUUCCCAAUUCGAAAGGGCCGUUGAGUCUUGCGGUUUUGAAUUUCGUUCGGAUAAAUUGUGGGACGCCUAUUUGAAGUGGGAAAAUGAAGGAAAACGCUAUCAAAAUAUGGUGAAAAUAUAUGAUCGUUUAAUUGCCAUUCCAACACAAGGUUAUAGUGGACAUUUUGAUAAUUUUCAAGAUUUAAUAAAUCAACACUCCAUAACCAGCACCAUUACACAGGAAGAAAUCAAGAAAAUACGUACUGAGAUAAGGGACUCUGCCGCAACGAAAUCCUCCUCACGAUCAAAAUCACGACGUGCCAGUUCUAAAGAUAAAGACACUGAAAAUAAAGAAAAAGAGAAGGAAAAACAAAAGGAAAAUGAAGAUGGCAUAGAUAAAGAUAAAGAAAAAGAAAAAACUGAUAAAGUUUCAAAUGAAGAAGUAAAUGAAAAAGUUGAUACGGAAUCAACCACUGAAGCCAUGGUUACAGAAGAUGCUACCGGAGAGGAUAUAAAAUCUCAAAAACCAACAGACGAUUUGGGUGAUUUAACAACAUUUACCGAAGAUGAAAUCCAUUCGAUUAAAGAUAAAAUCAUAUCAUUAAGGCGUAAAAUACACAAAAGCACAGUGUCAGCCAUUACGGCACGCUGGACAUUCGAAGAAGGCAUUAAGAGGCCCUAUUUCCACGUAAAGCCCUUGGAAAGAUGCCAGCUGAAAAAUUGGAAAGAUUAUUUAGACUUCGAAAUUGAAAAGGGUGAUCGCAAACGUAUUCUAGUGCUGUUCGAAAGAUGUUUAAUAGCCUGUGCUUUGUACGAUGAAUUUUGGCUUAAAAUGAUACGUUACUUAGAAACCAUAAUCGAUCAUCCAGGCAUACCGACCAUCACCAGCGAUGUCUACCGUCGGGCAUGUGAAAUCCAUCAUCCCGACAAACCCAGUCUACAUCUGAUGUGGGCAGCAUUUGAGGAAUGUCAAAAUAAUUUCGACAGAGCUGCCGAAAUCUUGGUGAAUUUGGAAAAGAGAGUGCCCAAUCUGUUGCAGGUGGCUUACAGGCGGAUCAACGUUGAACGCAGACGUGGCGAUUAUGAAAAAUGUAAAAGUUUAUAUGAACAUUAUAUAAAUACAGCUAAAAAUAAAAAUAUAGCCGGCAGUUUGGCUAUUAAAUAUGCUAGAUUUUUAAAUAAAAUUUGUCAAGAUUUAGAGGGUGGCUUAAAGGUUUUACGACAAGCGCUCGACAAGGACAGCGCUAACACACGUGUGGCCUUGCAAAUGAUCGAUUUGGCUUUGCAACGUUCCACGGUCGACGAGGACGAAGUUGUCUUGAUAAUGGAUAAAUUUAUGGCCCGAGAAAACAUAGAACCCGAACAAAAAGUCCUAUUUGCUCAGCGUAAGGUAGAAUUUUUAGAAGAUUUUGGUAAUUCGGCAAAAGGAUUACAGGAUGCACAAAGAGCUUUGCAAUUAGCUUUAAAUAAAGCUAAUGAAGCCAAAAAGAAACGUGAAAAUAGUCCUAGCCGUAAAUCUGGUCAUAAAGAUGCCUCUUCAAUUUCUGCCUCUACGCAGUCGGCCUAUAACAAUGGAUCGUCAUCGGGGACGGCCGGUUAUAAUUAUGGUUCUGGCAAUUCAUCAGCCUACUACGCCCAACCGAAUAGCAGUGCUUCAUAUCCGCAGCAACAACAAUCCUAUGACAGUUAUUACAAUCAUUGGCAGUACAAUACUGGCUAUAGCGGUUAUGGUCAAUGGAGUGGUUAUUCUAAUUACUAUUAAAAUAAAAUUAAAAACAACAACAACAAACAACUAAUUUUAUUACAUUAACAAACAACAAAUGAUUUUUUUUUUGAAAUUUAAUCUUAUAAUAAUUAUUAAAUAAUUAUAUACAUACAAAUUUUCUUUUUUUAUUAGUGUUAUUUUUCAUUUAAAUCCUAAGAUUUAGUUUCUCUUACGUUUUGCGUUGCUGACCAAGAGUAUAUAAAUAUAUAUACAAACUUAAUUAAUUUUCUCUUUAUAUAUGUUAUAUAUUAUAAUCGUAUACAUAAAACCAUUUCUAGGUCAUAUAAAUAUAAUUGUUUUAAGAUUUGUCUAUAUAUAAAAAACAAUUUCUUAUUCAUAUAUUUCAUUAUAUUUAACAAAAUAAUAAUACAUACUUAGUUGUAUUUUUUUAUUAAAUUUUAAAAUAUGUUUCUAUUUUACUGUUCUGAUCUCCCUUUCUCUGAAAGAGUGAGAAUUCAAAAGUCAUGCAGUUGUUUAAAAUUUCAUACACUUACAACAACUCCCUGUAAUGAGUGAGUUCUUUUUUAUCUGGGCAUUGUAAACACGUACAUUAACCAAAAAACAUUGAAAAAUAAAUAAUAAAAAAUACUUUGAAUGCAA